AUGAGAUUGUUCUCUGUUCUUUAUGGUAAUGCAGGUGGAAAUGAUUCGAAUAUUCAGUGGGCCGGAAAUAACUGGGCGAAGUCAUGUGAUUUUCCUGGAAAUGAUAUGUCUAACGUGCAAAUCAGCGGAGAAGAUUGUGGUGGAUUAUGUGCGAAUACUUCAAAUUGUACUCAUUUCACAUGGACUACAUAUCUAAAUGGUACUUGUUGGUUGAAAUCAGGUCCAGUCUCAAAAAAUGAUGCUAUUCUAACCACUGACCUAACAAUGGUCUGUGGUGUUGUUAGAGGACAAUCGAAUCGUCUAUCGAAGUGCUUUGGUGUUCCAACAACAAAUAGCGCCAUAACAGCCGAUCAUGAAGAUGAAUAUAUCUUGAAACUUGCUUAUGCUAUAUUUUAUUUUCUCGGAAUAGCAGCAAAAUAA